AAUUAAUGGAUUCAAGCAUGUGAACAUGACGUCGUCCUGCAAUUCAUAGGAGUUGGAAACAUGGGUGGCGGAACCACACCCCAACACUAUAGAGCCAAUUGUAAUUGACAUACGUACAUUGGUUGAUAACCUUCCAUCUGACUGUCGUCCCUGCUGGUAUUAUCUCUUCACAUGUCAAGUCUUGAUAGAACCCGCAUUUUUCGGCGCGAUGUGGGGUAAGUCGGCCGUCAAUGGUUCCCAACAAAUUGGGUUGGCCUAUUUAAUGGAAAUACCCUCAAGACAUGACUGAUAUGAAAUCUUCUUCAUGGCACAAUCGUCUGUCUGGAAGUACGCCUUCAUACGGACAUCCAUAUUCUUCCUGCACCUGGUGGCACCCUUCAGCAUAUUCUAUUCGCUGGUCAGCUCGCUAGUCGACCUUCCGAUCCGUAUCCCCCGCAUACUCGAAGUAUGGCUCGUUCUCGAGACGGUAUUCUACUGUGCUGUCUAUCUCCCGCGCAACGCCUACCUCCAGAGGGUCGCGACUCAUCCCACAACUGCGUCUCGCGAAGAUCGCCGGAAUCUGUUCUGGCGCUGCCACAGAAAUAUCCCAGAUCCGGACCAGUACUUGCAGAAAUGGUUCCGAAAUGCGCCACCUGCGGAGAUCAAGCGGGAAAACGUCAAGGACUUCUUCCGAUGGGCGUUCUUGAACACUGGAGAUUCUGACCUGGCACACGACGAGGAGCUGGAGGAGUACGCUGGAGAGAUGGAGAAGCUGCUAGGGAGGAAGCUGGAACCCGGGCACGGCAACGUUCAGUGCCUUAGAUUGACGCUUGAUAAGGUCGAGAUGUUACACCGCAGUUUGACUUGGUAUCUGUGUGUGUUUGUCGUUGAUACUAUAACGUCCGCCUAUAUGCACUAUCACUCCUUCGACUUCUACCGCACAUCGUUUCUCGCUAUUUUUCCUUUGCGUCCUCUCACUCUCUUAUCCACGUAUCGCUCCCCUGCGAAAACCCUCACGUACUGGUACCGGCCGCAUAUGUCUACAACGAAACUCCCCAUUCUGUUCAUCCACGGCAUCGGCAUUGGACUCUACCCAUAUAUCAAUUUCUUGGGCGAUCUUAGUGCCGCGGAUGCCAAGGAUCCGUCGGACGGACAGGUGGGGAUCAUUGCCAUAGAGAUCAUGCCUAUAAGCUCCAGGAUUACAGCCGAGGCACUGUUGAAAGAUGAGAUGUGCGAGGAGAUUAAUCGUAUAUUAAAGGCACAUGGGUGGAGUAGGAUUGUCCUCGUAUCACACUCGUAUGGAAGCGUGGUUGCUGCGCAUCUCCUUCACACUCCACAGAUUGCGCAGAAGAUUGGACCGAUUGUGUUUGUUGAUCCAGUGUCUUUCCUGCUACAUCUCCCUGAUGUAGCAUACAACUUUAUCUGUCGGAAGCCAGCCCAGGCUAAUGAACAUCUGCUCUCUUACUUCGGCUCCAAGGACAUGGGUGUCUCGCAUACAUUAUUUCGCCGCUUCUUCUGGGCUGAUAACGUCUUGUGGAAGGAAGACAUCCAGGGGCAUCGCGUGACUGUUGUGCUAGCUAGCAGCGACAUAGUAAUUGACACGAAAGCAAUUGGGGCGUACUUGACAGGCGCAGAUAAUUGGAUAUUAGAAACUAGUCACUGGGAAGAUGGAAUAUGGAAGGGCGAUGGGCUGGACGUGCUAUGGUUUCAAGAUUUGGAUCACGGACAAGUUUUUGAUACGAGUAGUAGGAGAGGAAGGUUGGUGGAUAUUGUCAGGAGGUUCUGUGUUGAAAGAUAACUGCAUGUUAGUGCUAGGGGCCCGAUGAGAGAUGUUCACGU